AUGACAGCCGACGUAAAUUCUGCUGCUGCGGCUUGUCCACAGCCAAAACACAAGACGCCAGCAAAGGGAUGUCCCGUGGAUCAGAUUAAGAACAAGAGCAAGAAAAAUGCUGCGUGCCCUGUUGAUGAUGGAGUGGACUUGGGUCUUAGCGCUGAGAUGAUGCGCGUAACUAAUGAAGCUUCGGGCUUUAUCGUACGAGGGUCUACAGAGGCCGUACAGCUAUCACAAGCGCGUGCAGUCUCCUCAAUUCCUAAAGGAUAUAUUACACCAGAUCACCAAUCAGAAUCCAAUAAGGACAAGUGGGAGUACCCAAGUGAGGAAAUGUAUUUCAAGGCCAUGAAGCGCAAGGGCUGGACACCAGAUGCACAACAGAUGAAGACCCUUGUAGCGAUUCACAAUGCGGUAAACGAACAGAGUUGGAAGGAAGUAUUGAAAUGGGAGAGGUUUCAUCCAGCAAAAGAGCCCGUUAAAUUGAAGAAGUUUAUGGGCAAACCGACCGAAUAUAGUCCCAAGGCCAAGAUUAUGAACAUUAUGGGCUGGUCUGUGCUGCCAUUUGACCGACACGAUUGGGUUGUGGAUCGAGACGGCAAAGAGGUGCGCUACGUAAUCGAUUUUUACUCAGGUCAACCCGAACCUGGUCGUCCGUUGAGUGUUUAUCUUGACGUAAGACCUGCGCUGGACUCAGUCGAGGGACUUGUAGAUCGUGUGCGGUGGCAAUUUUAUGACAAAGUCAUGCCACUUCUGCCCUUUGGCGGUGCCAUAUUCGGCAGUGCUGCUGCUAAGAAGCAUGAAGACACGACGGACGAGCAAAGUGGCCACUCGAAAAUCACUCCGAAGACCAAAUAG